AUGGAGAAGAAGCGACGUGCACGUAUCAACGUGUCACUGGAGCAGCUCAAGUCUCUGCUGGAGAAACACUAUUCACAUCAGAUCCGGAAACGCAAGUUGGAGAAGGCGGACAUCCUGGAGCUGAGCGUCAAGUACAUGAAAAGCCUGCAGAGCUCCGUGCAAGGGUUCUGGCCGGCCCCUGGCGGCGCCGAGUACCCGUCGGGUUUUCGCGGCUGCCUGCCGGGCGUGAGCCAUCUUUCGCAGCGUGGUGAGGGCGGCGGCCUGCGCUGCCCCCUGGUGCCGGAGAGCGCGGGCGGCAGCACCAUGGACAGCGCAGGUCCUGGUUCCUGCCCCGAGGCGCCCGCGCUGCGCGGCCCCUGCUCCGGCUCGAUCUGGGCUGCCGCUCUGGCUCCGGCCACUGGCGGCCCGCGGUCCCCGCCACCCCGGCUGCUUCUUCCCGGAGGCCCCCCUGACCUGUCCACCAGCGUCCCGGCGCCUCAGCCAGCGUCGCGCCGCCGCCCCGAGAGUCCAGGCCCAGGGCUGCGCUUGUGGCGGCCCUGGUGA